AUUAUUUUAUAAUUUGACACUAUACAAUAUUAAAUUUUUCUUUAGGAUUUGUAUGAAUCUAUAAAUAAAAAAACAAAAUUGGAAAAUGAAAAACUUGAAAAUAUGGGUUUGGAAAUAAUGUCUGAAAAUGCUCAAUAUAAACAAACAAUAGAUGGGAUGGCUAAACAUAUAGUUUAUGGUAACAUUAUUUGUUAUAAUAAUAAUAGAAUAUGUCACUAAUAAAUAAUAAUAGUCUUUAUUUUGAAUAUCUUUUUGGUUUAUUAAUAAUAUCAAUUUUGUAGAUAAGUAUUAGAUUGAUUUUGGUUACAGAUUGUUGGAAAUCAACUGCUAUCAUGUCAACAAAUGCUGUGUGUUUUUUACUUUUGAAACGAUUUAGAAAUGGCACAACAAUAGAACAGUUGGCUUUAGAAUUAUCUUUAUUGCGUGAUAAAUUGUCUCAAGCUGACAGGGAUGUUGGUUUCAGUGGUAAUUCUAUAGAUAUUGUUAAACAUGCUGUAAGUAGAUAUACAAUGACAUUUUUUUUUGGAAAGUAUAAAAAUUGUUUUUUGUAUUUCAGUUAGGUCUUUUAGUUCCAAAGCUAGUUGUUUAUGAAAAAACUGACGUUGGACCUAUUGUUAAACCUAUUCUCACUGUACCAAGUCUAAUAGAAUUAUCAUAUUAUGGGAACAGUCUUCUUUCUCACUAUCUUCAUUCAUCAAUUGUAGGUUAGUAUGAUAUGAAUUUAUAAGUACCUGUAUUCUUUUGAUUAGAAAUAAUUAUGUUAUUAAAGAAGAAGUUUAUUAUCUAUCCUACUUCUGUCUAAAUUUUACAACAUCCGAUAUCAACGUACAUAUCUAAUUGAUUAUAAAUGACUAGUAAAUAUAUUUUAAUGAAUAGUAUGUAAUGCAUAUCAACAUUUUCAUACAAAUAUUCUUUUUGUGAAUCUGUUUUUAAAAUAGGGCUUUUUUAUUUGGAAAUCUAAAGUGUAUGUUUAUCAGAGUAAUAACUGUAAAAGUAAAAAGCGAGAGUAAAAAAUUGUAAAUAUUGUUAUUACAGAAUUUAAAAAAUUCCCUAACGAUUGAAAAUAAUUGAAAUCAAACCCACCUAAGCAUCUGAGAAAAUCUCUGGUUCAUGUUAAUGAAUCACUGUAAAAAAUAAGAUAUUUAUUAUUUAUUAAGUUAACUUUAAUAUAAUGACAUUUAUACAUUUACCCAAAUAUGUAUUUAAAUGAUUGGCAAUAAUUGUGAAUUAUUUAUACCUAAUAUUUUUACAGCUAUGGCAUUGAGUAAACUAGUGUGUCCAGAGUUUUGGAAUAAAACAUUAACUGAAACAAAAAUCUCGGGAAAUGAAUUGUUAGAGGAUUUGAUAUUUUUAACUGAAUUAUUGCAAUUUGACUUUGUAUUUAUUAAACCAUGCGAUAGCCUGGAAAAUGUUUUAGAAUCGGUACUUCGACAAUUUGAAUCAGAAGGAAUUGUUUUAAUAGAUAUGGUAUUUAAGAAAAUGCGAAUUGUUUUUACCUGACUGAUUACAGUACAAAUGUAAGUUAUAUUUUCUUUUAUUUUACAGCUACUUGAUGAAGAGAGACGAAGUCAACAUAUAGCCAAACAAUUAGAUAGUGAUUCUGAUGAUUCAUAUGAUUCAGAUAAACCCUAUGAGAAAUUUGAUGUUAAAUAUCGUGUAAGAAAAUUGUUUUUUUAAUUAUUUUGUAUAAUAUUAAUUUUGACAUGUUUAUUUUAAUUUGAUAACAACAUUAUAUAAUGUUAUAAUUAUGUAAUGUGUUUUGAGUUGCGGAGAACACUCCCUAACAUGUUACUUAUUAUACCAUUAAAUAACAUGUAUGUAAAAAUUAAUACAUAUUUCUAAUGUAUACCAUUCAACAUUUUAUCAAAUAUUAUCAUNUAUGUAAUAUUUUUAUUGGCCAUAUUUAUUCAAAAACCUAAAAGUGUAAAGGCAGAUGACAAAUUUUGUUUGGUAGGAGUGAUUAGAUCCUCCCCCUUAUAAAGGGGUUUUUUCUAUGUUUUUGGUAUGUUUCCAUAUGAAGUCUGUCAGUCAUAUAGUAUCUACAUUAAUAGUUUAUUUUCAUACACUAUCAGAGCAUGUUUUAAAUACUGAUAAUUUUCAGUUCAUAUUAAAAUUUACAUUAGAUAUAUAGUAGAUAAGAUGUACGCACAUUAGAAAUUAAUGUUCUUCUCUAAUAAAUGAAAAAAUUUUUUAUUAUAGAUUAGUGCUGAUGAAAACAGUUUGAAUAAAAUAAAGUUUUAUCGAUCAAUUAUCAUGCCGUACUUAGAAUGUAUGGCUGAAUGUGCUGGAAGUUUUUAUGAUUUGAAUGAUGAUACAGUGCCAGAACGCUUACAUGUGCAAACUAUUUUAGAACAAAUGCAUGAAAAUUUGGCAGAUGGCUAUUUAGUUCAUGGUAAAUUUUGAUGCACAUUAUUUUUCGUUUUAUGUGUAUGAAUGCUGUAGUAAAUUUUAUAAUAAAUAUCAUACUCAAAUUCUAACUUAAGAAUUCAUUUUCACUCAACCUCUGGUAUAUUGAAAUUUUAAUUUGUCUGUUGCAACGUAAACAUAUAAUUGUAAUUUGAUUUAUAAUUGACUUUUACUUACUUAUUAUUAUAUUGAACUAAUGUUUUACAGGAGAGAGUAUAUCUGUGGAUACAAUUAAACAUUCAUUUUUAGCAUUUGAAAAAUUUCACUGCUUAACAAUUACUACAACCGAUAAUGUAAAAAUGUUGAGUCUCAUUGAUAACGAACGUAAUGAAAACCUCAGAGAAAAUAUGAUUAGUAUGUCUAAAUAUAUUGAAGGAUUUGUGAAACAAUUAGACUAAGUGAUAAAUAUUCUCUUUUUAAAACUUAUAAUGUAAUUUAAAACAAAUGUAUUCAUUUGCUCAAUUUUAUUGGACUGUUGAUAUUUUAAAGAAAUUAUUUUAUCAAUGUUUGAUUUAUUUUCAAGUAUUAUAGUAUGGAUAAGUCAUAAAAUAUUUAGAUUAAUGUUAGUUUCUUGCCUUAGUAAAAUAAGUUUUGUUCAUACUAUAGUAAUUAAAUUUACAUUAUUAUAUAUUAUUUUUUACUUUGAACUUCUUAAUUUAUAAUUAGAUUUUUGUAUUUAGCUCAAAAAUCACC